AUGCCCAAGAAAGGUGGCAAGAAGAAGAACAAGGGCGGCAAGGGCCCCGCGGCCGCCGCUGCAGACAAGGUCGCCGACACCGCAAAGACCGUCGUCCAGCCCGGUCAUGAGGUCGAGGACAAAGUCAUGUACGGUGAAGGCAAGGGCGAUAGCGUCCCCGAGACUCCCGCUGCCGCGACGCAGGCUCCCGAAGGCGCUGCUCCCGAGCUCAGCACCAAGACGCCCGAAACGGCUGUCCCUGCUGUGACCGAGACCAAGCAGGCCGAACAGGAGGCUGCUGAGGCCACCCCCAAGGAAAAGGACACCCUGCAAGAAGCCGUGGAUAAAGCUCAGGCCUCCAAGGCCGGUCAGAUCGGCAAGGUGGACGGAGGUGAAGGCGAGGGAUCUGCUGUUCUCCCCGAGACCACCUCCAAGGAACCCUCCGUCCCCGCCGCGACCUACCCUUCCACCUCCGAGACUGCCGCCGAGGAGUCCGCCACAUCGACAGCGCCCACGACUGGAGCUGUCGCGGGCACAUCUACCUUGAAGCCCUCGGAGCCGACGGCGGCUGCCGAGACCCCGGUUGAUGUGGAUGCGCACGCGAAGCGUCCGUACGAGAAACCCAUCUUCUCAUCUGACGAGACCAAGCCGCCCAAGAUGGCCAAGCACGAGGAGGAACAGGCUCGCGCCAGCGCCGCUCUAGACAAGAAGACCCUGGCUGGUGCGGGGCCUGCUUCGACAGCCGCCUACACAACCCCGGAGCCGGUUCCCGUUAAGAAGCCUGAGGAGAAGAAGGUCGAGGAGAAGAAGGUCGGGGAGAAGAAGGUCGAGGAGAAGAAGGCCGAGGAGAAGAAGGACGGCAAGACCAAGGCCGAUGGCAAGGCUUCGCCGCAAGCCGUCGCUGCUGCUGCUGCGGCUGUCUCUUCCUCCAAAGGGCCGGAGAAGACCGGUGCUGCUGCUCCCGAAGCUGAGCUGAAGCAGCCUGAGCCGGCGCUGAAGAAGGGUGAAGAACCCAAGGCCCAGGCGCCCACGACGGAGGCCGUCAAGGAAGAGUCCGCCAAGGCGAAGGAGGCGGAUGCAAAGGAGGAGCCCAAGAAGACCGAGGCGGCCGCCGCUGCUGAAGCUGCCGAGAAGAAGAAGGGCGGAUUCUUUGCCCGCCUGAAGCGGAUGUUCAAAUAG